AUGAAGAAUAUCAUUGUGAAAGAAAAUCAAGGUGAUUGGCUGUUUGAACAGCAAUCAACCGCAUAUCCGUGUGCAAAUUCUGAUGUCCCCUUUGUGUGGAAAGUUCCACUCAAACCUGAGCCAACAGCCCAACAGAUGCCAGCUACAAAAGUUACUAUUAAACAGCUCUCGGCAAUUACUACAAACCAGCAAGUAAAUGUUUCUGGGACAUUGUCCUUUGGGGACAAAGAACCAAAACAAGUUAUAGUCAAAGCAACACAAACAGCUUCCCGUGUUAAAGAAGACUGUAUAUUAGAGGACAGCACUGAAACAGUCAUAUUGCACAUUUGGGGCCCUCUCAAAUGA